UCAGUAGUCAGUACAUCCAGAGCCACGCGGCUCGAUGGGUCUAUUUAUCAACUAAAUUUUAUUUAUUUUAUUUUUAAUUUUGUAAAUUUUUUUUUAUUUUAAGUGUUUUAGUAAAUUUUAUAAUCAACAAAAAGAAGUAAAUUUCAAUAAUUAAAAAAAGAAAAAUUAAUGAAACAAAAAGUGUUUUUUUUUUGUGAUGUCAAAUUUAUCAAGUGUAGUGGCAUUAAUUGUUACUGGUUUACUUAAAUGAAUUAAUUAAAUUUUUAUUGUAAUUAAAAAAAAAUAAAUAAAAGUGAGAGUAAAUAUGAAGUGAUUAAUUUACUUGGAGGACAAUUGGGAGCGAAAAUUACGAGGGUAAAAUUUUUAUUAAAAGGAUAAAAAAGGGAUCAUGCGAGACACUAGUGACAUGAUGGAAGACGCCAUGUCAGAGGAUACGAUGAUGGAUUGUGGAGGGGAUGGAGGUGUCAGUGAUCUCAGUGAUUUAUCGACUGAUAUUUCCGAUACUUCAGCAUCGAUACGUGAAGCAGCUGAACGUCUGCUAACUCUAUUAGGAGUCGACGAUGCAGACGAAGAUUUUUUAUCAUCCGAAGACGAAGGGGUCGAGCUGGAUAUUGACGUAGAUCUCGAUGAUGACGUCCUAUUUCCUGACGACGAGAACAAUAGACUACUUCACCAAUUAGCUAAUUCACUUGCCGAAGAGUUGAAGCAGACUUCGAACCGCGUGCGCAUGGAUGUACAUGAUAAUUUUAAUAACCAAUCAUCUUCUUCUUCUUCUUCUUCUUCUUCAUCUUCAUCUUCGUCUUCAUCUUCAAACUCCCCACACUCUGGAACUCGUAAAUGUCAAACUUACCAUGCAGAUUACAAGUCAGACGUCGACUUGGAGCUAGAUUAUCGAUCUCAUAAACGUCUAAAGGUAGACAAUGUCCAAGAUUCGAGUUAUAUAAACGUUGGCUCGACAUGUUCGUGGAACGCCGGCUGGGACGCCUGUGCUACCGAAGCUGUGAGAUAUUUAAUGGAAGAAGAGGGUCUUGCUGGUCAUCAUCCAACUGUCUUGGCGUUAAAAAAUCACCUGGCGUUACAACGGAAUUUUUCUCUGUACAAAACUUAGUAACAUUUUUUUUUUAUUUUUAUUAUUUUUUUUUUUUUUUUAAUAAUUAUUAAUUAUCAAUACUUAAUACUUGAUUAGAAUAAUUAAUAAGUAAUGGGUGUAAUUAAUGGACUCGUGAUGAUAGUGAUCAAUAAUGGUGAUUGUGGUGUUAUGAUUAUUGGGGUAAAAUGGACACUCAAAAAAUCGUACUAAAUUAUUAUUAUUAUUAUUUUUAUUUAUUAUCAAUUAAUUUAUUCUUUAUUUUUAUGAGACUGAGUUUAGUUUCGGGAAGAGGUAAAAUGGACAGGGCUGAUUUUUUUUUUAAUGAAAAAAAAAAUUAGGAACUGAGUAAAAUAGGAAGUUGAGAAGAUGUGAGCUUAUAAAUUGUGAUUGGACAAAAUGGGUCGGGCAUAAAUAUAAAGCAAUAUGUAGAUAUAUGUAAAAUAUAUAUGGCAACUAUGUUAAAUAUUGCGGGAAAAUUAUUUUUCAUUAUUAAUUCAAAUUCGUAAAAAAAAAAAUUCAUCAUAUGGGAUGUGGUCAGAUUUAGUCAGAUAAAAUUAUAUAUGAUCAGAUAUUUAAUUUGAGCAUGAAUGUAUCUGUACAUAUAUCGUCAGAUCAAAAAUAAUAUCGGCUAAAUUUUUGUCUUGAUAAUUAUUCAGAUUUCUUCAAACAUGUUCAGAUAUAAUUAUGAUUAAAUUUAAUAUAUCUGAUCAAAUAUAAUUUUAUCUGAUCAGAUCUGACCAUAUAUGAAGAUUUCAAUAAAUUUUUAGCAUACAUUUAGAUUUGACGAAAAAUCAGAUAUGGUAAGAUUCAAAUCACUAUCUGAUAAGAUCUGAUCAUAUAUGAAAAGAUUUGAAAAAAAAAAAAUUAGCAUCUACAAUUAGAGGUGAUCAGGUUCAAAUUAAAUAUCUGAUCAGAUAUUGUUGUAUCUGAUUAGAUCUGAACAUAUAUAAAAAGAUUUGAAAAAAAAAAUUAGCAUAUACAAUGGAAAAUGAUCAGGUUCAAAUUAAAUAUCUGAUCAGAUAUUGUUGUAUGUGAUCAGAUCUGAACAUAUAAGAAAAGAUUUGAAAAAAAAAAAUUAGCAUAUACAAUGGAAUAUGAUCAGGUUCAAAUUAAAUAUCUGAUCAGAUAUUGUUGGAUGUGAUCAGAUCUGAACAUCUGUGAAAAGAUUUGAAAAAAAUUAUCAUGUACAUUAAGAUCCGAUGAGAUACGUUCAGAUAUGAUCAGAUUUAAAUCAAUAUCUGAUCAGAUUUUAUUUUAUCUAAUCACAUCUGGCCAAAUCUUAUCAGAUUGAAUUCAUUUCACGAAAAUUUGAAUUUUACUAUGAAAUAAAAUUUUUUCAUAACUAUGACUUUGCAAAACUAUUGGAAAAAAUUCAGAUCUGAGAUCUACAUUGAUAUCAUCAGAUCCAAAUAUAUCAUGAUAAAAUUAUAUCCGCGUUGAUCUGAUCACAUAGCUUUAGAUCUAAAUUAUUUUUACAUUAGUACUUAAUAUUUUUGACUAAAUUAAUUUUUCAAAAUUAAAAUAAAAAAAUUUAAUGUCGCCCAUUAUGUCUUUUGCUCUCUUAAAAUAUUUUUUACGCAUAGCAUUUAAUUAUUUUUUUUUUUAAUAACAACUGAUCGAAAAUUUUUAUGCUCAUAAUUAUAAUCUGGGUCAUAACAUUAUGAUCAUCAUAAUAACUAUCAUAAUGUACUGAUUAUUAUUACGUUUAUUAUUAUAUAACGUAUUUAAUUAUUUAAAAAUCAAAAAGAAAUUCUAAUAAUGUGUCUUGCACAUUAAUAAUUAUAACCUGCUUAAACUUUAAAACUACUAGGUAUUUAAAAAAUUUGUACUUGAAUUUCAAGCAGGUCUUGUUAGUCUCACAAUUACAAUUACACAAAAAAAAAUGGUACAGACAUACAUACAUAAUAAGCGUUCAACCAAGUGAUUAAUUUUAAGUGACUACAAUAAUUUGAAUUUUACUUUUUUAGUAUUCAUAAACUAUUUAUAUGUAAUUUGAUAAAUAUUAAUCUAGUAAUAUUAAAAUUAAUAAUAUUUUUUAAAUUAACGCACUUGUAAAUAUGUAAAAUAAUUAUUUAAUUUAUAUAUACCUAUAAAUAUUAACGUACUAUUGUUACUUUUACAACUAAUUGUAGAUAGUAGUAACACAUUUUAAAUGCACUA